AGUGAGUGACUUAGGAAGAAUUGAUUCCGAGUGGCGAUUAGACCGGUCGAACCGGCCGGUUUGUUAUUAAAAUCAUUGAUUGCCGUUUGGGUUGGGUAAGAAAUAAAGUUAGCUAGAGAAGCAGAAAAAAGUACGGCGAACGGAGAAAAUGCGGAGCACACCGUUGGGGACGACGGCGGUUUCACCGGCUUCUUCUAUCAAGCACAACUCUUAUGGGCGCUUCGUUUCCUCUUCAGGAGUCUCUAAUUUCUCUCUCCAUCGUCGGAGACGCCACUCGUCGUUUUCUAUUUCUCAAGCUCCUUCACAAAUCAAAUCAGCAGCAUGCAAUGCAAGUCAAAUAGUUGAUCUUUUCCCAGCGGUUUCACCUGAAAUCGUUGUUCGGGAAGCACGGUUAGAGGACUGCUGGGAAGUGGCAGAGACUCACUGCAGCUCUUUCUUCCCGGGAUAUUCGUUCCCGCUUGAUGUUGUUCUGAGAGUAGAUAGGCUGAUGGCGAUGGUAAUGGGAUUUUCUAUUCCACCUGGGUGCCAGAGGACUUGUUUAGUCGCUGUGAUAGGUAGCUCAGUAGAUGAAGCCAUCUGCUUUGGAAGUGAAGAUUUCAAAAUUGGAGCUUUUGAUGCAAAGAUCAGCUUAAACAAAGGUUAUGUAGCUGGAAUCUUGACUGUUGAUACUGUGGCUGAUUACCUUCCGAGGAAAGGACCUCUCCGCCAGAGAAGGACCGGGAUCGCUUACAUAUCAAAUGUUGCGGUUCGAGAGAAUUUCCGGCGCAAAGGAAUAGCGAAGAGACUCAUAUGGAAAGCAGAGGCUUUAGCCAAGAACUGGGGAUGUAGAGCUAUCGGCCUUCACUGUGAUCUCAACAACUUAGGAGCAACUAAACUUUACAAAGAUCAAGGUUUCAGAUCCAUCAAGAUCCCCGAAGGAGCGACUUGGCCACAACCAAAGACAUCUCCUGACACCAGGUUUAACUUCAUGAUGAAGCUCGUGAAACAACAACAAUACACAAGCUCUUGAACAGUUCCGGUAAAUCCGAGGUAAAAAAGAAAUUUGAAUUCCGUUUGUUGUUGAAAUAGCUCUGAUUAUGUAAUUGUAAAUAUGUUUGCAGUCUUGUGUAAAUGCUAUUGUCUAUUUCGACCAAAUACGUUUUUUCAACUUUUGAGGCUUUGUAGUACCGUGUCAACUGUUUG